AUGGAUGGAGACAUUGUUGCACCUAGUGAAAAAAGUGAGUGGUCGUUGGAUCAGAAUUCUCAAAGGUGGAUAAGUUUUGAAAGUGUAAGCGAUCUAACCGUCAUUGGUACCGGAACUAUCAAUGGAUUUGGUUCCUCUUUUUGGGAGGAUACAAUAACUAAACGGCCUACGGCAUUGGAUUUUAAUAAUUGUAAUAACCUUAGAAUAAGCGGAAUAACUUUGAAAGACAGCCCGCAAAAUCAUAUAUCAAUCAACAAUUGUGACACAGUCGUGAUAUCGAGGAUACAAAUUCUUGCACCCGAAGAUAGUCCUAAUACUGAUGGAAUUGAUAUAUCCGCUUCAACUAAUGUUCACAUAUCUAAGUCUUCCAUUGGAACUGGAGAUGAUUGUAUAGCUAUAAAAACUAGAAGUGUAAAUAUCAACAUUACAAGGGUUGUUUGUGGACCUGGUCAUGGAAUAAGUAUCGGAAGUUUAGGAGCUAAUGGACAAAAAGCUAAGGUUGAGAACGUCCAUGUUACUUAUUGCACCUUCAACAAGACGAAAAAUGGAGCUAGAAUCAAAACUUGGCAGGGUGGAGAAGGAUAUGUUAGGCAUGUAUAUUUUGAGCACAUCACCAUCAUUGAUGCAAUGAAUCCUAUUAUAAUCGAUCAACAAUAUAAAGAUAAAGGGUAUCAUGGUCUUGAAUCGGCAGAGGAUUCAGAAGAUGUGGCGAUUAGCGAUGCAAAAUUCAUUGAUUUUCGAGGAACAACGUCGAAUGAAAAUAUUAUAACACUAAAUUGCAGCAAAAUCAAGCUUUGCGAAAACAUCGUUGUUGAUGAUAUCGAUAUUACAACAAUGGACAGGAAAGAGCCUAAGAUUGAAUGCAGCCAUGUGUGGAAUUCCAAUUGGUUUUCACAAAACCAAACUUUCGUUAAGCAGAGAAAACCAGUUUCAGAACUAGAUAGAGUGCUGAUGAAUGCGGCUAUGGAGGACAAGACAGUGAUCAUAACAGCAUUAAACCAAGCAUGGGUGGCUCCAAACUCGAUAUUCGACUUGUUUCUUGAGAGUUUUCGAAUCGGAAUUGGAACAGAAAUGUUGUUGAAACAUACUUGCUGGUCCGAACGGGUUCUUGUCUCCCGGUUACUUGACGCUCGUUUGGCGGCGAUGAAAUUUCUUAAGAGAAGUAAUUGCCCUUGGUUACAACUUCAUCUUCACGACGCUGAUUUUCAAAUUACAUGCGACAAUUACAACGGAAAACCUUCUGACAAAAGCAAUUGGGUGAACUCCGGAUUCACAUACGUCAAGGCGAAUAACAAAACCGCAAAAUUCUAUGACUUUUGGUGUGGCUCGAGACGAAGGUUCCGUGGUAGAAAGCACGACCAAGAUAUACUCAACUUCAUAAAAAAAGAUCCAUUUGUUGCGAAAAUCGGAAUCAAGAUAAGGUUUCUCGACACUGUUUAUUUUGGAGGGUUUUGCCAGCCAAGCAAAGACGUCAAUGUAGUGAACACAAUGCAUUCCAAUUGUUGCAUGGGUUUAAACAACAAAAUUAGGUAUCUUAAUGACGUUCUUCGUGAUUGGAAGCAAUAUUUGUCCGAGAAUUUGUCUGGGAAUACUACUUUGGCCGAGACUAAAUGGAACCUUCGCCAUAGUAAGUCUCUGGAUUCAGGAUUUUCGAUCGGACAAAAAGACAUAACAAGAAUCUUGAUUCUGUUUCUUGGUUUGACUGCUUCAUGUCUGGUUUUAUACAAAGCAGCUUAUCCUCUGCAACAACUUGAUGUCAACAAUCUUAGUUCUCUUCUUACUUCUCCAUCUCCACCAUUACCAAAUCUCAACUCGUCAGAGACUUCUCCUGAAACAAUAAUACCAAAAAUGAGUUUCAAGGAGAUUUUGGCGAAUGCAUCGAUGAAGAACAAUACAGUCAUUAUAACGACAUUGAAUCAAGCUUGGACAAAGCCAAACUCUUUGUUUGAUCUCUUCUUAGAGAGUUUUCGUAUUGGACAAGAAACACAACGACUGUUGAAACAUGUAGUAGUAAUUUGCUUGGAUCCCAAGGCGCUUCGACGAUGUAUACAACUUCACCCUAAUUGCUACUAUAUUGAAACUUCAGAAACUGAUUUCUCUGGUGAGAAACUUUUCAACACUCCUGAUUAUCUUAAGAUGAUGUGGCGUAGAAUCGAGCUUCUUACAAAAGUUCUUGAGAUGGGUUUUACCUUCAUCUUCACGGACGCAGAUAUAAUGUGGCUUAGAGAUCCAUUUCCUCGGCUAUAUCCAGAUGGAGAUUUUCAAAUAGCAUGUGAUAGUUUCUCUGGAGAUCCUUACGAUGUAAACAAUUGGGUCAAUGGAGGUUUCACAUACGUAAAAUCAAACAAUCGAACCAUCGAAUUCUACAAAUUCUGGCAUAAAUCUCGUCUGAAUUAUCCAGGGUUACAUGAUCAAGAUGUGUUCAACAAAAUCAAGCAUGACCCUUUUAUCACUCAGAUUGGAAUCCAAAUGAGAUUCUUUGAUACGGUUUAUUUUGGUGGGUUUUGUCAAACGAGCAGAGACAUAAACUUGGUUUGCACAAUGCAUGCUAAUUGUUGUAUUGGAUUAGAGAGGAAGCUUCAUGAUCUGAAUCUUGUUCUUGAUGAUUGGAUAAAGUACUUGUCUAUGUCGGAACAAGUGAAGAAAACGACGUGGAGUGUUCCAAUGAAGUGUUUGGAAAAAUGA